UUGGCAUCCCCAGAACUAUACAACUGGAAAUUUCGAGUCAACAUAUUGCCCAGGCCGUUCAGAAAGACACACUAGACAGGAUUAGGAUGCAAAAUUCGACAGUGAUCGGCAGGGUGAACGCGGGACUGAGUCGCUGCUUGAGCCACCACCGGAGGCUGUGUCGCGGCAUUGCGGAGCUGGACCGCCUCAUCUACAACGACGAGUUCCUCAAGGAUCCGCGGACGCAGUGGCUGCUCCACCAGAGGCGGCAAAAGGAGGAGGAGAAGCAGGAGCAGCAGGAGGCCCAGGGGGGCUCCUUGGGGCGGAUGCGAAGUGAGAUGGGUCGUCUGCUGGGCCAGUCAAGGACAACACUUUCUCCGCCCUCCGGAAAGGUUAAUCUUGCCGUGACCCGGAACUUUUGCCAAUUGCUUCAGCCGGACAAACCCAAGCCCAGAAGCCCCUCAGGACCGCUACCCGCUCCCACCCCACUGCCGUCGCCCGAAAGACGUUCCAGCUUAAGGUUCAGUGCCAGUCUGCCUCCUCCCGAGAGAAAGGCAUCCUCCAAGAGCUGCCGGAGCAACUAGACAGGACAUUGGGCAAACACACUCCCAGGUCUGACAGAGAUCUACGAUUUGGAUAGAUCUGUGGCAGAUUUGCAAGUGUUCUUUGUGGAAUGUCUUUGGAAGUCUGGAAGCUGCAUUCGUAUCCCACACAUUAUGGGAGCAAGAAGAUGAGGUGGAGGUGGACCACAAGGAGGAGCACAAGGAGGAGGAGAAGCUGCGUUCAGUAUCCGUGCUGCUCUCGUUAUUGUUAUGAAUAAGUUAAUAACAUGGCGGAAGGCUUCUUUUGUCGUGGCCCAAACAAGCAACAACCUGGCAGGCAGCGCUUAUUAAAUGAUUGAAGCCUUUGGUGGGGCGAGGUGGUGGCAGCCGGGGGCCUGCGACUCGGAGAUGCUGGACUCAAGCUGGGGGCCCCCAUAAAAAAGGUGGAGACCUGGUUCUCGUUUUUGUUGCCUGCUCUUUUGUGGUUUUUUCCCUUUGCGGCCAGCGUCCACCGACCAGCGUCCAGCGACCAGCGACCACCAUCAAUAACAGAGCCCGGCGACGGGCCCGGGCCAUAUUUAUGAUUUGUUAAGCAACGCCGAACGUGCGAAAGGAUAAUCACAAGCGCCUGCUGGCACGCCCCCCUGCCUCCUGCCCCUUUUUGUGCUGUUUUGGCUUUCAAGGGGUCUUCGUUUUCGUUUGCGUCGUGUGUGAGGCAUUUCCAAAAUUGAGUCAAUGACUUUUAUUUUUACGACUGCGCCCUGCGCAGAGAAGUGUCCAAGAUGGAUGGACCUGCGGAUCUAUAGCCAAAAGCUGGCCCCGGCUUUUAUGGCACUGCGAAUUGAGCUAUUAGACGGGGUCGAUUGGGAGAUCGCUGAUCGCAGAUCGCAGAUCGCAGUCCUAGCCAUGGCACCUGUUCCAGAUCCACUCGAACUUUGACCACCGGCGUUGGUAGUUGGUAACCGCCCUCGGUUCCGAGUUGA